AUGGGUGUUCCCACUAGAACCCCGAUGCUUGUCUGCGUCGUUUCGCAAGUUCACACAUAGCGUCUCCUCGCCGGCUUCACGAGUCGCGCUCUCGUUGCCGCAUUAUGGCGACUAAGAUCGUGCAGCCAAGUACAUCUACUGAUCUCGGUCGACUAUGGAGAGGCGCCGUACGAGACUACAAAGAACGUACUGGGGAGGAUCUUUCGACGAUGGGAGUGAGAAACGUCGCCGAUGUGAUGCGACAAACGAAUGCGGCCAUGGACGAGUUCAAAGGUUUUCGCGAUGACGGUAGCAAGAAGGCAAGCUUUCGCUCGGCUAUGGGUGAUCAUCUUGGUGAUCUACAGUUGUGUAUUGACGGCUUUGCUGCCGUCGGGGCCGCUGUCAGUGCAUUCCCACCAGCGAUGCCCGUAGGCCUUGUGUUCACUGCCGCAAGUCGCCUGAUUUCCGCAUUUGCAGGAGUGCGAGCAGACUACGACCGUGUCGAGGAGUUCUUCGCAUACUCAGCCCGUUUCUUCCAACGACUUUCUAUCCUUGAGAAUAAAGCACAGUCCGGCCCGCUUGCUAUUGCUAUCGAGAGAGUCUUCUCGAUGCAGCUUUCGGUAUGCGGCAGGGCUAAACAGCUGAUAAAGGAGAAACGAUUCAAGCAUUGGCUGAAGACACUGUGGAACGAAGUAGAUGAAGAGCUCAUAGCAGCAUAUGCUGGAAUGCAAGCCUCAAUACAGGAACUCAACGAAACAGUGAGUUACGAAACUCACGGCACUCUCACAACCGUUAGCACUACGGUGCUUGCCAGCAGUUCCAAGCUGGAUGAGCUCGAUGAGAAAUUACAAUCCUAUCGUUCGAGCCUGGACAAAGGUAUCCAGGAGGUCUACGCAAGCACGAUCAGUCUGCAUCUUAUCAUCACCGAGGGAAUUGUCACCCUACGGAACGAGCGGCUGGAAGAUCGUGCUCUACUCCUGCAAAUCAUCAAGAACCAGGACAAGACGAGCAGGGCGCCGGAAAUCGAGGAGAAAAAGAAGCUCGCUCAAAAGCCGAAGGGCGACAUCGGUGACCGGAAGUUCCAAGCACUGCGGGAACUAAAGAAGUUCUUCGCUGAUAAAUACGACGUCUUCCCUUCGUGGCAAGUUGCUCACCAAGAGAAUCUGCUCCAAGAGGAAGAUUUGCGCGAUACGAAGGUGAGCAAAACAGCCGGAUGGCUCCGUGAGCAUGCAAGCUUCAAGAGUUGGGUACGUGGAGAGACCCCUCUGCUUUGGCUACGAGGCGACGAGGGGAUCGGAAAGUCAUUCCUAGCCUACUCGGCUGUCCAAGAGCUGCGACUACAUCAAAACGAGCACGACUGCUUGGCCUACUUCUACUUCAAGGAGGAGCGUCCAUACCAACAGUCAAUGCAGAACGCGUUCGCUUCGGCUGCACUACAAAUCGCCGGAUCAAACAACAGAUAUGCUGAACAGGUAGCGGCCAAGAUCAAACAGGAGCCCAGUGAGUCCGCAGCGAUGUCCACCUGGGAACGGUUCUUCCUCUCGGUGUUUCCAAGUGACAACAAACUCGGUGGCCGCCUUUUCCUUGUCUUUGAUGGCCUAGAUGAGGCGCGUGUGCAAGAAGGCGGGACCUUUACGCGGUUUCUGUCGGACCUCAAGCGCCUAAACGCCAGUGUGUCAGUCUUUGCGACGAGCAGACCCGAAGAUAAGCCCACAUUGCAGCUACUUCAGCCUUCAAUCCUCGAGGUUACCAAGCAUGAGAUUAAGCAUGAUAUGAAGACACUCGUGAGGGAUCGUCUCCGCACACUUUCACGUGUACGCAAAUUUACCAAAGCUACCAAAAUAGCAAUUCUUCGCGAAGUUAUCAAACACGCAGAUAGUAUGCUCUACGUUGAGCACAUGCUUAGGAGAUUCUCUUACAUUGGUCGAGAAAGGGCGGUUUUGCAAGCACUGGGGAGGCUCCCUUCCGGCCUGCAUGCACUUUACAAACUCCUGCUAGACGAGUGCCGACAAAAUCGAUCGGAAGCGCAAUACCAAGCGUUGAAGAAGCUGUUCGCGUGGCUGGCGUUCUCGAAGCGACCGCUUAGCCUGGGUGAGGCAUCUAGCUUGAUUCAACUCGCACUGUCCGACGACACCUUCGACAUCGAGGAGGAAAUCAUCGGACGUUCCUCCCGCAUCCUCGAGCUUACCCAAUCACGGCAGCUUGAGGAGGACGCCAAAGACGACGAUAAAGACGACGACGAGAACGAUGAACCAAAAGACGAGGAUAUUCCAGAGCUCGGAUACGGAGACUCUCCUCUCUGCUUCCAAGACCGGUCACUAAGGCAAUACUUCAAGAGCGUGAGCGUCGAAAAUGACGGCGUGACAGAAUUUCGGACACCUGCUACCGCUGCGCACCUGACAAUUCUCCAGAUGUGCGUGGAUGUAAUGAUGAAAGCGGCCCAAGAGCCUUUCGAAGCGAAAAGUUCUGGGUUAACACUCUACGCGAUUAGCUAUUGGUAUGAGCACCUCAAAGAGUUGGACGCAGCGAACGCGACCCCCGAAACUGUUCGAGAUGUCGUGACACUCUUGCACUGCGUUACAGACAAUACAUACAACAUCGCCAAUUUGUUCGAAAAGCUGGCGCAACAUACGGAUAUAUACCCAGAACCCGCGGACGACGUGCCCACCCCUUGGUUCGAUGCACUUCUGAGUUGGACAGCUAGGGCAUCAACGCUACCAGACAAAUCUUUGGGUGACAAAGUCAAGGAUUGGACGCUCGUGGUCGACCGAGACAAUGUUCUGCUUCCACUUGCUCGCGGUCAUGUCCAUAAUUGGUUAGACGCCAGCGAUGAAUGGUGGAUACCCGAGAAGUUCAGAUUCCUCAAGGCCGCGCUGUUUCGUUCGAACGCUUUUGAAACCAAGGAUUCCAAGGACCUUGAGCCACUCGAUUACAUCAAUGCCACUAUCACCAGAUGGGACAUCCCAUCCGAUGACUACAAGACUCUACGAGCGAUCGGUGGCACUUUGGCAGACUAUGGUUACGUAGCGUGGGAUGACAUGGAUCAGAAAGCAGCGCUGUUCACUGACGCUCGCCUGUAUCUGAAAAGAUCAGUGGACUGUAUGCAGGGAGACGUUCUGGACAACGUCGCUACAGUUCGCCUACUUGCGUCGGUAUGUGGGCGAUGCGACCAGCCAUCCGACGCAAUAAAGCGCUACGAAGACGCCUACAACAUGCUACCAGAUCACGAGGCCGAGGGGUCUUCCGAACAAGAGCGCGAGAAGAUCAAAUCUAUACGUGUGGAGAUCUUGACCGAGAAAGCUUCCGUCCUUUCUACGCUGGAGCAAAGCGACGAAGCUUUGCAAGCAUUCAACGAAGCAAGAAGACUGCAGGGCGAGCAGCCACUAGCCGGAACGAUCCUAGACAAUAUAACACUAUUAUUCAAGAAGGAAGAUGAAAUUGAUGGACCUAGGCUCAUGGAAGUACUCAAAAGCUGGACCGAAAAGGAGCGCAACAGUUGGUUCACCUACCUCUUCGUGGACUGGGUGCCUAUCGACGCGGUAGCUCGAUUGCAAAGAGCAGCACAUUUGACUGGCGAGACCGAUCUACUCAUCGGCUGGCUAAGAGCCCUAGCCAACACGCUUCCGGCGCAAAGCCUCCAUUUGUUCAACAUCCGGGGCGCAAUCGCGCACAUCUACUACCCCAUGCUGGGCGACAUCGAGAAGGGUAAGACGCUGCGUCAAGAGCUCUUGACCACGAAGACGAAGCCCGAUCCUGCAUAUGAAGACACCAUGAACGAGACGAGGACGCGUCAUCGGAUGCAGUUGGCAGACAUUCUGUUUUAUGAGUUCCAGACGACCGCGGACCCGGCGAAGAAGGAAGAGAUCAUGGAAACCCUACGACUGUUGCCCAGCGCCCACGAUGACGAAGGUGACGACAAACACAUUAGAGAAUCUCAUGUCGAUGUGCUUCGCGCAAACAUGCUUCGUAUCAUGGGCCCUGCGAAAGAUUAUCAGAGAUACAUGGACGAUUUAUUCAGCAAGUGCAUCGCUGGUCUCGAAGAUAGUGUCUCUUGGAACGACUUGUCAAGCCUGCGACUAUUGUCCAAGGUUCUGGCGUCUCUGGACAGCCUAGAGCAUGAUGCACGAAUCGCGAUAAGUGCCCAGUUCUCAGUCCUGGACCGCGCAAUACAUGGGCAAGAUACAGAGUCCGAGCAAUCGGAGACUACUUCCGACAAAGAUGUCGGCGAAACAAACGCGGGACCUGAUGCAGAACCAGAUGCGGGACAAGACACUGCAAGGGAGCAUGGUCCAGUAGCUACAAGCGAACUUGUUCGGAACGACUCUCCGACGGACGAGGUACAUAACAACGAAGUCAAGAUCGUUACGGAGGAGCCAGUUGAGGAAAAGCAGGACUCUGCAGGGGAAGAGGGCACGGAUUCGGAUGAGUCAAAACCUGAUGAACUGGACGAAGACCUUACCGGAGGAGGUGUUUACUGCGACGGCCAGUGUGGGGUGGACAUCUAUUCCUGGACGCGCCCGAUCUACUACUGUCUCGUAUGCCCCAGCUGUGAUUUGUGUGAGGACUGCCACUCUAAGCGCAUCAAGCAAACCAAGGGAGAGAUCGAAGCGCCAUGGCUUAGCUUCUGCGGCACGAACCAUCGCUAUAUCAAAGGUCCGAUGAAGGGAUGGAAGGGCAUCAAGAAUGGCGUUAUCCGGUAUUGCGAUACGGAGAUCACCGUGACGGAAUGGCUUCGGGGGCUCAAGGAAGAACGGUGGCCUAAUGCUUGGAAGAUCUUUUGGACGAGGCAAGGAGGGUUGAAGGAUAUCGGGGUUGAAGACUGA